UUUUCCCUCAUGAUCACACGCCGUUCACGUCACACCCGAACAGUCUUCCGUCGCCAUGGUUACUCCGACCCUCCCAUGGGUUUCAGCCCCACUCUUCCCCACCGCUUACAAGCACCCGCGUCCCGACUCUCCAUCAUACGAUACUCACGCUCCAGUGCAGCAUCCGACGACUUAUCCAACACCCACCAUCGCCACCACCCUGGUACUCCAAGCUAAAGUCUCGGUUACCGCAUCCGGAAAUUCUGGAAAAUCGGAAGCCGAGCACAGCGGCAUCCUGGGGUCUUUUCGGCAGAUGUGCAGCUCAUCGUACUGAUGCGGGCGCUCAGGCGUCGCGAUCCCGCAGAAAAUAUGGGUCCUCCCGCGCCUUCCGCUGAUGACGCUAGCUCCGCAAGGUGGUUAUCCGGUCGAAGAACGACGGCCUUGACUUUAGACGUCGCUGGCGGGGAAGGACGAAGGACGGAGAACUCGCGAUGCUGCCGUUCGCCUUUGGACGCUGGCCUUCUUCGAGAGCAGGCCAGUGCGGAUGGUCAUGGGAUCCAACAGGGAGUCAAUUUCAUGUGCUUGUUCAACUUGGGCAAUGCACGGUGUUCACGCAUACCCCGCUGUCGAUCGAAUCGCCUUGGGGUGAGGGUCAGUAAUGACCAUGUGCUCUACCCUCAUUUGCGCUGCCUGCGAAGGUGUGGAUGUCGAAUCAUACUGGAUAAGGCUACCAAGCCGACGCCCUACUGUCCUACAGCUGCCUCUUCAAUGGUGGGGAUUAGUUCCGUCACCUAGGUCGAUUCGUCAGGCUUGAAACGUUUCCAGGCGCAGGCCAUCAGCGACGCUGAGAAAGC